AUGACAAACACACAGACAAACGGCACUCGUCCCAUCAUCGAUGAGAAGCCGAAUGGCACUCUCAACGGUGAUCAUCAAGAAUACCCAACCUUUUCCCAAGAAAGGCUCGAUGACUCCAUCAAGCGAGGCAUCGACCUUCAAGUCUUUCGCUACCCCUCCACUGGUAUCAACGUCAUCAUCGCAGGCGCCGGUCUAGGUGGUAUCACUUGCGCUCUUGAAUGCUGGCGCAAAGGACACAACGUUCGCAUUGUCGACCGCAGUCCCAGUCCGGUUUGGACAGGCGAUAAUGUUCAGAUCCAGCCCAGUGCCAUCCUUCUUCUGCGCCACUGGCCUGAUAUGGGCUAUGAGAUUGAGGAGAACCAGUACGACGUCGACAUGUCUUACUAUAGACAGACUGGCGAGCGUAUCUGGGGCCCAGCACCGCCUAUGUUCAAUGAUCCAGAGCAUUUACCCGGUCGUCGCGGGUUCCCCUCUGUCAAUGCCCACUCACGUAUUAAGUUGUACCGCGCGUUCUUGAAACAAGCGGAGCGCGUGGGCAUUCACGUUGAAUGGGGAUGCAAGGUCGUUGAGUACUGGGAGGAUGUUGAAGGUCGUGCUGGGGGCGUCGUUCUUGAGAAUGGCGAGAAGAGAACGGCGGAUAUCGUUGUUGCAGCUGAUGGCUUGAGGACCAAGAGCAUGACUAUUGUUCCUGGCAUGCCGGAUCAGCUGACGACGAGUGGAAAGGCCAUUUAUCGUGCGGGUUAUCCUGUUGAGCAUGCGCUUAAGGAUCCCACGGUUCGAGAGAUGUGGAACUUUAAGCCUGACGAUAAGCCAAUCUGGCAAUUCUGGCUUGGAAAUGGUUCUCACAACAUGAUGUGCUUAACCCACGAUCUCGCGUUCUGGAGCUUCAUCCACUCACACGCCGAAUCUGCUAGCGAGUCCUGGAUCCCAGACAUCGACCCAGCAGAAGUCAUCACCGAGAUGGAGAAGAACGACGCCGUCCAUCCCGCAAUUGCAGCCCUGAUCCGCACCGCCCCCAAAGGCUCCGUCGUGAACUGGCAGCUCAAAUUCCGCGACCCCCACGAGCAAUGGACAUCCCCCGGCGGCCACGUCGUCCAGCUCGGCGACGCAGCGCACGCAUUCCUCCCCACAUCCGGCAACGGCGCGACCCAAGCCAUAGAAGACGGCGUGACCCUCGCAACAUGCCUCCAACUCGCAGGCAAAUCCCAAGCCGCCAACGCUACAAAAGUGUACAACAAGCUACGCUUUCAGCGCGUUAGCUGUGGGCAGAAAAUGGGCUUCGUGAACCAGCAGCUCAAGCAGCACACGGAUUGGGACGCGAUCAUGAAGAAUCCGGCGCUAAUCAGAUCGCGAUACCCCAAGUGGGUUUGGUCGCAUGAUCCGGAGGCGUAUGCGUAUGAGAAGUUUGCUGAGGCGUUGACGCAUGUUGUCAGUGGGGGAAGGGUUCCGUUGGUGAAUACGAAUUUUCCGAAGGGGCAUAAGUAUAGACAUUGGACUAUGAAGGAGGUGCAGGAGCAGAUCAUGGCGGGACAGAAGUUGGAGGAUCUGCAGGAUGGGGAUUGGUCUUAG